AUGGUGGCCAGCUUGGCAGGUCUACGGUUCCUGUUGAUGAUAUUGUUGUUGUGCGGGAUCAGGUACGGCGCCUGCAGCCAGGGAGCCCCGCUCGUCCUGGGGCUGCGAGUGGAAGACCCGGCCGGCCUGGUGUGCAUGAAGGGUCGCAUCGUCUCUGCGCCAGAAGGAGCGACGUUCAAGCUCCGUCUCUUCGGGGCUGAUCUGAAUGGCAGCUGGCCGUGGGUGGCGUUUGCUGGGGAGCCUGGUGGAGCUGCGGGGGCUGUCGGGGAUGCACCGGACCCCUGCGAGGAGGAGACGAACCGGAAGGAGUCUGCCUUCCAGGUGAGAGGAGACUUCACCCCAGAUGAGGAGCACAGCGGGUUGGUGUUGGUGCAGGUGCAGAGGAGAGCCGAGCGGACCUUGCAUCACCUGUGCGUGCAGAGCAAAGGGAAAUGGGCAUCCGUGGGCCCGGACAGACUGCGUGUAAACACCGAGCAGCCCGCCGAUCACAUCCCGCCGUGGGGUCUGGCCGUGCUGGUGGUGGUGCUGCUGCUGCUGUGCGCGCUGCUGCGGACGGUCAACCUGAGCCUGCUGUGGUUGGACCCGCUGGAGCUCUACGUGCUGCACAGCUGCGGCUCCGAGGAGGAGAAGCGGGCCGCCAAACGCCUGGAGCCCAUCAGGAGGAGGGGGAACUUCUUGACGUGCUCCCUGCUGUUCCUGGGUGCUGUGGGGUACUCGGUCCUCGGGGUGCUGCUGUACCGCGCGCUGGGCUCCAUCGUCCCCGCCGUCUUCACCAGCGGCGUGCUCAUCUUCUUCCUGUCCGAGCUGGCGCCUCACAUCCUGUGCUCCGGCUACGGGUUCCAGCUGGCGCCGGCGCUGACCUGGCUGGCCCAGGUUUCCAUGGUGAUCACCUGCCCCCUCUCCUGCCCCCUGGGGCUGAUCCUGGACCUGGGCCUGCGCCGGGACAUCAGCACCUGUGGGAUCAGAGAGAGAGCCAUGGAGAUGAUCCGGACCAGCGUCAACGACCCUUACAGUGAGUUUGUGAAGGAGGAGUUCAGCCGCGGGGCUCUCCGCAGUAAGACGGUGGAGGACAUCCUGACUCCUCUGAAGGACUGCUUCAUGCUGCCCAGCACCGUGGUCCUGGACUUCUCCACCAUGUCUGAGAUCAUGCAGAGCGGAUACACACGAGUCCCCAUCUAUGAAGAGGAGAGGUCUAACAUAGUAGAGAUCCUGUAUGUGAAGGAUUUAGCUCUGGUGGAUCCAGACGACUGCACACCGAUGACGACCAUCACUAAGUUCUACAAUCAUCCUCUUCACUUCGUCUUCAACGACACCAAGCUGGACGCCAUGCUGGAGGAGUUCAAGAAAGGUAACUCUCACAUGGCGAUCGUCCACAAGGUGAACAACGAGGGGGAGGGAGAUCCGUUCUACGAGGUUCUGGGAUUGGUCACCUUAGAGGACGUCAUCGAGGAAAUCAUCAAAUCAGAGAUCCUGGAUGAAUCUGACGGCUACUUGGACAGGAAGGUGAAGCGUCCUCUCGCCCCUCUGGAGAUUCCUCUGGAGCCUCGCGGAGCCCCUGAAGAGUUUUCACUGUUCAAGCCUCCAGAGGGAGAACCCAAAAUACGCACCUCUCCUCAACUCCUGCUGGCUACACACCGCUUCCUGUCCAGAGAAGUGGAGCACUUCAGUCCUGGACGCGUGUCAGAGAAGAUCCUGUUCCACCUGCUCCGUCAUCCCACCGUCAACCAGGAAGUACACUUUGACCCCGGCAACCGGCUGAGCCCCGGUCACUAUCUGUACACACGCAACCAUCCGGUGGACUACUUCAUCCUGCUGCUGCAGGGUCGUGUUGAGGUGGAGAUCGGUAAAGAGGGACUGAAGUUUGAGAACGGAGCUUUUACAUACUACGGUGUUUCUGCUCUGACGCUGCCAUCUUCAGUGCACCAGUCUCCAGUGUCGACCCAGCGUCACUCUCCCAGGGAUCCAUUUGAGUCAUCAGACGCUACAAGCCCGUCCAGCUACUGUCCAGACUACACCGUCCGAGCUCUCACUGACCUGCAGCUCAUACGGGUGACACGUCUGCAGUAUUUGAACGCUCUCAUGGCUUCUCGUGCCGGUCAGAGUCCCGAUCCACCUGAGAUUAAAAUCCUUCCCAACAGUCAGACCAAGCUGCUCAACGACAGAAACACCACACAAGAGUUUCCUGUAAACUUUUCAUUCUUUGAUACCAUUGAGAACUACUGUUAGUGCUUUUAUUUAAUUUAUUAAUUAAUUAAUUUAUAUUUGGUUCUAUUAGUUGU